CUUUCUACAUAAAUUAUUCAAACACCUCAAGCAAUGUGACUUAUAUAAAUAAAUAAUUUAUCAGAAUUUAAGAUCUAUCUACUGCUUUAAUAAAACAAGCAAAACAGGAAAACAAAUUAUUAUUUUUAUAAGCUGCCCAUCCAUUUCCCUCACACUCCGUUUUUACAAGAAUAAACAAUAACCAACGCGGUUUCAAAAUGUAUCAAAACCAAUCUCAUUGACUUCAGUUUUUCUGUAAAAACAAUCGUUGCAUUUCGUCAUUCAAAUAAUCUGUAACUUAUUGUUCUUUGGCGACAUCAAAGACUUUGUAAUUUAGACUUUUAGUGCAGAUGUUGGGCACUGAAUUACACUUCGUACGACGUCGUUGCGGAGAGGACCGGUUUUACAAUCCUGCAAAAGCGAGACGGAAUCAAAAGAAUCAAGAGAAUCCUUGUAGAGUUCAAUCUACGACGUCGUCUGGUCCCAUGUUGCCGGAAUCUUCACCGUUGUGUAAUCUUGAACGGUUUUUGGAAUCUGUCACGCCUUCUGUUCCUGCUCAACAUCUGUCUAAGAGAGGUGUGAGAGGAUGGAGGACUAGUGAUCCAGAAUGUCAACCGUAUUUUGUGCUUGGUGAUUUAUGGGAAGCUUUCAAGGAGUGGAGUGCUUAUGGUGCUGGAUUUCCUUUGAUGUUGGAUGAUACUGAUAGUGUGAUCCAGUAUUAUGUGCCUUAUUUGUCCGGCAUUCAAAUUUAUGGAGACCCGUUAAAGUCUUCAACGAAAUCGAGCCAAACGGCGGUAGACAGUGAAAGUGACUCUUUUGGGGAUUCAAGUAGUGAUGCAAGCAGUGAUUAUGAACAUGAAAGGGAGAAAGAGAGUAGUUACCUCUCAGAUAGUGAAAUGUGUAGGCGAAUGAAUCAGUUGUCGAUGAAUGAUCAGCAUCAUGUACUUCAAGAAGGCUUUUCUAGUGAUGAUGGUGAUUCUGUUAGCUCUGAAGGUUGCUUGUUAUUUGAGUAUAUGGAGCGGAAUCAGCCUUGGGGCAGAGAACCUUUAGCGGAUAAGAUACUUGAUCUUGCGCGAUGUUUCCCUGAAUUAAAACGUCUAAGAAGUUGCGACUUGCUACCAUCCAGCUGGUUCUCAGUAGCUUGGUACCCAAUAUACAGGAUUCCCAUGGGAUCCUCCAAGAAAGAUCUUGAUGCUUGCUUUUUGACAUUUCAUUCUCUCCACCCGCCCGUGGCAGGCAAUCAAUGUGAUCAUCCACCUGUGGUAAGCUAUCCUAAUGGGACAGAUGGUAGUCCAGUAGUUUCAUUACCGGUGUUUGGUCUUGCUUCAUACAAGUUUAAGCCGCAAUUGUGGGUCCACAAUGAACCACAGUUGGUGAGCGAUUUGCUGCAAGCUGCUGACAGCUGGCUAACAAUGCUACGGGUCAAUCAUCCAGAUUAUCUUUUCUUUUCCCGUAGAUGAUAUCAUGUUAACCUUGUUGUAAGUUGAAGUUUUGUAAGAAACUUAAUUCAUAAAUUGGAGAAGUAAAGAAAAAAGCUUAAAAACGA